AUGUGAACAACCCCUUUAACAUGUACAGAAGGGAGGAGGGAGAGAAUGCCUGAAUUAUAACAAAUAAUGAAAGAGGAAGCAAUUCUAGAAAAGUAGGAGUGUGGCGGAACAGUGGGAUACAGUAAAGGAGCUGAAUUUACAGCUGAUUUACAAAAAUACGUUUCCCAGUAGAUAUUGUGUGGGCUGAUAAAGUCAGGAGAUAAUGCAAGAUAGACAUAUGGUGAAAAUAAAAAAUGAAGAUUUAUCUUAAGCUUUAUCUCACAGAAAUAUUAAGCUUUUUAAAUUUAAUCAAUUAAAAAAUCUGUACAAUUUCUGAAAUGAUUAAGUCUUUCUUCUCUAGUCCCCUCUCAGGAACCUUGUCUCAUAAUGCAGGAGUCCGAGUUAGAUGAUGUCAUUUAUGUCUAAUACAACAUAGGGGCUUACCGAGAAGAUGUGCAAGAGCUACCGGUCUCUCUUUGUGUCUGUUAUUUGGAAGGAGUGAGCUCUAAUACAUCUUCUAGGAAAAGGGACCAAUAUAAUAGAUUACACUUAAAGGGGACCUGUCACCCUAAGAAAUAAUUCCAAAUUCUUUUCUAUCAUGUUAGUUGAGCAAAAUAAAAUUUACUUAAACUAUAGUAUUUCAAUUGUAUUUCCUUCAGUCUUAGAAUUCACAAUCAUAGUGAGCAGGAAGGUGCCAUUUUGUGACAAAGCAAGUUGUUUAUCACCCCAAAAUCUUGUGUAUGUUCCAGAAUGGGGGGCUUAAUGCCUAUGCAUGGUAUACCACGCAAUUAUAGAGCGUGAGGAGGGAGAGGGAAUGUAAGGGGUGCAGUGAUAUCUAGGAAGUACUGAAUGGAAAGUAAAAGUAAGUAAUUACCCCGCCUCUAUGCGAGGGGUAGGCAAUGUAUGAUUGACAUCUGAGACUUUUAAAUGAGUUUAUAAAAGGUAUGGAUAUUUUAAAGAAAAAAAGAAUUUGGGUUCCAUGUUUAAUUUGCAAAGGACUUUCAUUAUACAGCUUUUUAUGUGUGGGGUCCACUUUAAUUAUCCAUCCGAUUCUGACUCCUGCAUGAAGAGAGACAGGUGCAGUUAUACCCGUGUCUAUUGGGGUAAUGUAGAGGGAGAUGGCCUUAUCUUCAACUAAUAUAAAUAUCCCCAGGAGUGGAGACCCCCUGUGUAGAAUGCAUGUUACAAGACCUAAAUCUGCCAAAGGCCGUACCCGGACCAACCCAAGGGAUGAUUCCCAAAGUGUUGAGGCCUAUUCCAACUAUGUGCCGUCUCCUUCUCCGAGGGUUUCUACUAGCCGCCCUGCUUCUCGAAUCAGCCCAGAAGAUAUUCCUGACCUUCUGCAUCAGAUUCCAUGCAGACCACCUUCCUCCUCACUGAACCGGUAUAAGGUGCUACCCUCCAUCAGGAUGUCAGGGGCUAUUGAGCGGGCAGAUGAUGAGGAGCUGGCCAAGCACACAAGCACCCUCAGACUGACCGGCGACUCACAAGGACGGCAAAUGAAAGCAUUUUAUCGUGACCAAACUCAGACUGUAGACCAUAAUAGGGAGGCGUCCCAGAAUCAGAAGCCGCAGGGCAUUUCCAACCCUUCCAUCCAUGGGAACCCACAGGAGAUCUCCGAACAAGAAACCCCUCUUUUGCUGGCCAUUAGAUCCCACACUGGCCAGAGGUUUGAGAGAUAUUUCCGACCUACAGACACCCUACUAACUAUCCUGGCUGCAGCCGAGGAGAAGACCGGUGUCUCCUGUAAGGAUUGUAGUGUUGAGUCUAUGGAAGUGCCUCGGAGGAGCUUCCCCAUCCUAAGCUGGACCCUGCAGCAAUGUGGGAUCCCUAACAAGUCUGUUCUUUGUAUUCACCAAAUGGAACUGGACUAAAGGGAAAGAGCACUGUGAGUACCGGCAUCAUAUUAAUGCCACUGCAAAUGGUACUCAGUCCCAGGUAGCCAGCCAGCGAGCGCUGUGCCCAGGUAUUCUUCUGUCGGCCCCAUAAUUGAAUAGGAAUCCUGCAGGUAGAUUGUAUGGGAAGACAAAGGGCUCAAAAUCCUACCUUAACAAAUCAUUUCCUUGCUCACCCCGGGGUGUAAAUAACACAUUCUACAAUUUUAUAUAUAAUAUAUUAACUAAUUGUACAAUCUUAUAUUCUGCCUUAUAUUGUAUUGGGUCGACCAUAGUGUAUUCCAGCUAAUGACUUGGUUUCUAUGGACUUCUCCCGUGCGCUCUGCCAGCUCUGCUAAGUUCUUGUCACACAUUUCAAAGCGGAUCUAUCAUGCUCUGAUUGGGUAUCCCUGUAUCUAUGGAGAAUAUGAUUGGUGUGCCAUUACCCAUAUGGUCAGGCUCGCUUUUGGUGUCAUCCAUAUGUAAUAAACAUGCAUCUAUUAAAUACCCCGGAAUAGCGACCUAACAAUGUAUUUGUAUCAAAAUACCCCUAAUUACAUAUAAACAUUGAUGUGGCAGCAAAUAUUUACAUACCAUUAGUGCAUGACAGAUUUUUUUAAAUUAAUGCCCCCCCCAAUGAAUUGGUAUGGACUGGUAUUUUGAUAUGCUUAAUUGAUUUUCUUUUAUAUUAAUCUGAUUCCCAGUGAUGGACAUAAAGAACAGCUUUCCUUUUCAGUCUGUUAAGAGUCUUCUCCCGAUCAUGCCACAUACAACCAAUGUCAAUCUGGAUUAAGUCUCAGUUAAAGGGUAAGAAAAACAGACUCGACAUAGACUGGUUUUAUUAGUCUCUUGGCAUGGCGCCACCACACUCCUCACAAGCUACAGUUCCAAAUUGUCCUCCCCACUUCCCCAACCUUUGCCGUCCUUUUCCCAACCUGGGGUGUAGCACAUAUACAUUGCUAAACUAGGGUGAUCAGGCAGAUACAAAGACAUCCGAUAUAGAUUUUUGAUUUUUUAUAAAAUGAUGAUACUUCCCCUUUAAGAGGCAUAGUACUUCUCUCACUUUUGGAAGUGUUACAGCUCCCCGAUACAAUAAGGUUUAUAAAUCUAAGGCUAUAAUUUGUUUUUUUUCCCCUUUGGCUUUGCUUGCCCUUUGAGACAUAUGCUAGUACUAACAGAUUAAUUAUCAUUCAGAGAGAGAAUGAAUUAAAUCCACCAAUAUGAAAUAGUGGUAAAAGCCAGUGUAUGAUUUGUGUGUUGUUCCUGCAUCUGUUGGGGCUGAGACACAGU